CAGGUCAAGCUACAAGCACGUGGGAGCAGGGCUAGACCAAUGGCCGCUCUCAGGGCGUGGCCAAUGAAGCAUCGCUAACAUCCAGCCAUCAUGCUAGCUGAAGUAGUCCUGUGCAACUAGCUUUGCUAACUCAUGCAAUGACAUACUGGGUUAUGUUCUCUAUGUGUAGUAUCAUUUUUUCACGGACGCUUGGAUCUAAACAACAACGUGUGUGUGAAGGCUGUUGUUUUCUUCAUCAAGAGGACCCGAUAGGACAGCUGUCUCGGUUAGCUAGCCUGUAAGCUAGCGCGGCUAACCGUAACAUACUCACACUGCCUGCCAUCACGGUCAGCACAACAGACACCAAGCCAAGUCCACAAGUCGGCGUUGGAUAUUUCUACCAUCAUGGAGAAGGCUGAUUUCUUGAAAGGACUUCCCGUCUACAAUAAGAGCAAUUUCAGCAGGUUUCAUGCAGACUCCGUUUGUAAAGCAUCUAAUCGGAGGCCCUCUGUGUACCUUCCAACACGAGAAUACCCCUCUGAACAGAUUAUUGUAACAGAGAAAACCAACAUUCUCCUGCGUUACCUCCAUCAGCAGUGGGACAAAAAGAAUGCAGCAAAGAAAAGGGAACAGGAACAAGGUGAGGGUGACAGUCCGGCACCCCCAAGGAAGAUUGCAAGGACAGAUAGCCAAGAGAUGAAUGAGGACUCAUAAGUGUGUGUGACUGUGUGUGACUGUGUGUGACUGUGUGUGAGUGUGUGUACAGAGUAUAGCCAGUAUAAACCAACAAAAACAAAGGAUAAUCCCACCUGAAUAAAUACUUCUGGCCAUUCUGCACUAUGGCAGGAUGCCUUUCCUGGCAUCACCAAUAGAUGAAAUAUGUGGAAGUAGGGAAAUACCUGUCAACAAAGCAGCCAUUUAUUGUGUAAAAAUUGUGUGCGUUUAAAAUUAUGUAACCAGAAAAGAUUUGAAAACCACUGUUGGUUUAUGCUGGGUACUCUCUGUGUAAUAGUACAUAUGUUUGUUUGUAUGCAUGCUAAGCUGUGAGUGUGUUGUACUGUAUGCUUGAGAUGAAUGAAUAGUUGAGAAAGUGUCAGAGCUGAUAUAAGUUUAGAGAGGGACUUGACAGAUAAAGUCAGACACUACCCUUGAAAUCAGUCUCAUAACUGGUACAUGACUUGUGUAGCCUUCUGUCACUUGGAGAGUCUGUCCUGAUUUGUGCAAAGAUAACUUUUUGUUACUGUUUUAAUUUUAUUAUAACUAUUAUUGUUUAUGUAUGGCAAUGAGCUUCCUGCCAGCCACAGUGCCCACCCUCUCAGUUUCACUGCCCACUCUGCAACCACAUGGGGGCAUUGCGACAUUUCUCCACACUGAACUAAGACUGCACUGUGAAGAACCGCACAAAGUAGAAGCAACUCUUCCAGAAUCCCCCGUAGAUGUGUGUUUAUGGUGAAUAUGCAUACCUUCAUUAUAUUCUGGGACUUGUUCUUGUAGGAUAAAUGUCGUGGUGGUGUUUCUGAGAAAUAUUUUUUACAUCUAGCACCACCUUCUGGCUAAACGAGGCUAGUGAGAGUGGGAUUUUCUGUGAGUUUUUGCUGCCCUUUCAUCAAAGGACAUUAAAGAAAAAUAAGGAAAAAGUUGAACUUGAAUACAGAGUUGUAAAAUGUUGGAUUUUUAGUUGCACAACAAUGUAACAGCACAGAUAGUGAAGAAAAAUAUGUAAAGGAAUGUCUGGAAAAGGAAAAGAAUAUGUUAUGAUGUGUGUAAAUAAUUGCCAGUACCAGAAUUAGUUUAUCCAAUGUUUGUGUCUGCUUUUUGUAAAAUAAUUCAUGCCCAUGGAUACGAUAGAAAAAGGACCCUUGUGAAAGUGAAGGAAAGAGCCGCGGUGCUCAGUGGAUGUUACCUUGCCUUGCAUGUUGAUGUUUUCACGGCUGAGUAUUCUACUUCUGGACCAGUAAUAACACUUAAGGGGUGUUGGGGCUGUGGUCUUAUCUUGUGUGACUGUGGAAGGUAUUAGCCUAGAGGCCUUACAAUCUGUCAUCAUGGUUUGGACCCUUUAGCUCCCCCAGCUCAGGGCCUGGGAUAGCUGUACUGUUCGCCCUGUCUUUGUGACAGCCCUAGAGGGUUUUUGUCCAAGAGCUGGCUUAGAUGAACACAGGGGGUUUAAAGGGACGUUUUAUUUUCAGCCAUAGCAUGCACAGCAAAGUGCAGUCGCCAUCCUGCCUUGUUCCUGAGCUUCAGUUUGUAUUGGUGUCAUAUACUGUACAACACUGAAUUAAGCUUUUUUUUUUUUUUUUUAAAACAAUUAAAUAUCACUGCCCAGCAGAGUCACAUCGAAGCCUCUUGUCCUUCCUGUCCUUUUUUCGGUCGAUGCUGCAAUGUGGGUUGACCGUGAGGUCAGUCAUCUUCCUACCUACAGUGUAAAUACUGUCUGUUACUUAAGCGUAAAACCACAGUAUGCUUCUGCUUGGAUAGACUAUUCUGCAACACCCUAAGCCUUGCCCCACUUCAUGUGUGUUAGAUCAUCAGAUAUGUUCUUUUUAGCUUUGCUGAAAUAAAACCGCAUUGAAACUGG